AUGAUAAAUGCCGUGCUGGUGUUCAAUAAUACCGGUCAACCGCGGUUGACAAAGUUCUAUUCGCAAAUCGAUGUCAACUUGCAACAGCGCCUGAUAUCCGAAAUAUUCACCUUAGUUGCCAACCGGCCGGCUUCAGCUUGUAACUUCCUACCUCUCCCACCUCUUCUACAGAAGACUUCUUCAGAAGCUCUCUCCGAUACCGACCAACCUACCCGAAUCAUCUACCGUCAUUAUGCGACGCUGUACUUUAUCAUCAUUGCAGAUGAUUUAGAAAGCGAGCUGGGCCUGUUGGAUCUCAUCCAGGUGUUCGUAGAAUGUCUGGAUAGGAUAUUUGAAAACGUCUGUGAGUUGGAUUUGAUAUUCAACUUUGAGACGUUACAUCAGGUUUUGGCGGAGAUGAUUCAGGGUGGUGGGGUGGUAGAGGUUGAUAGGGCGACUAUUGUGGAGAGCGUGAGAAAGGCAGCGAAAGUUACAAAGAGGCCGCAGGCGUCGUUACCGGAUAGUGCUACUCGCUCGGCUUCACCGUCGGGCAGAAGUUCACCGGCUCAUAUGGCUCAUCGAGGUAGUGGCGUUACCGGUAUCGGUUCUAACGACUUUGUCUGGAGCGGACGUUAA